AUGGCUCGGUUUGAAGACGAACUGUCCAACAGCCGGUAUGGGGGCGGAUGUGCCGCGGGCCAGGGGAGAGGGGGCAGCCGGCAGACGGGCCCUCCGGCAGCUCAGAGGAUGUACAAACAAACGAUGGCUCAGAGAGCUCGGACAAUGGCCAUUUACAACCCCAUCCCCGUCAAACAGAACUGCCUCACUGUCAACCGCUCCCUGUUCAUCUUCAGCGAGGACAAUAUCAUACGGAAAUAUGCCAAAAAGAUUACCGAAUGGCCUCUGUUCGAGUACAUGAUCCUGGCUACUAUCAUAGCCAACUGCAUCGUGCUGGCCUUGGAGCAACACCUACCAGCCAGCGACAAGACGCCGAUGUCAGAGCGCUUGGAUGACACGGAGCCCUACUUUAUUGGAAUAUUUUGUUUUGAGGCCGGCAUCAAGAUCAUCGCCCUGGGCUUCGCUUUCCACAAAGGCUCCUACCUGCGUAAUGGCUGGAAUGUAAUGGACUUUGUGGUCGUCCUAACAGGGAUCCUGGCCACCGUGGGAGCAGACUUUGACCUGAGAACGCUGAGGGCCGUGAGGGUGCUGCGGCCCCUGAAGCUGGUCUCCGGUAUCCCCAGUCUGCAGGUGGUUUUGAAGUCCAUUAUGAAAGCCAUGGUGCCUCUGCUUCAGAUUGGCAUGCUCCUCUUCUUUGCCAUCCUCAUGUUUGCCAUCAUCGGCUUGGACUUCUAUUUAGGCAAAUUCCACCGCACUUGCUUCAGGACAGACACAGGCGAACAGGUAGCAGAAUUUCCAUGUGGAUUGGACCCUCCAGCCAGGACCUGCGCCAAUGGCACCACCUGUCAGGAAUACUGGAUCGGCCCCAACUUCGGCAUCACCAACUUUGACAACAUCUUGUUUGCCGUUCUCACAGUCUUCCAGUGCAUCACCAUGGAGGGAUGGGUGGACAUCCUCUACAGCGCCAACGAUGCUUCAGGGAACACGUGGAACUGGCUGUACUUCAUCCCCCUCAUCAUCAUCGGCUCCUUCUUCAUGCUGAACCUGGUUCUGGGUGUCCUGUCCGGAGAAUUCGCCAAAGAGAGAGAGAGGGUGGAGAAGAGGCAGGAAUUCCUGAAGCUCCGCAGACAGCAGCAGAUCGAGAGAGAGUUGACCGGCUACCUGGAAUGGAUAUGCAAAGCGGAGGAGGUGAUGCUGGCUGAAGAAGACAAGAACGCAGAGGAGAAAUCGCCCCUGGAUGGAGCGUGGUACAAGAGGAAACACAACUCUGGUGAGCUACUGAAAAGAGGAAAGAAGGGUAAGAAUGACCUCAUCAACGCAGAGGAAGGGGAGGACCACUUCACCGACAUCUCAUCUGUUGUUUGCAUGUUUCUCCCAACUGCCCCCCCAGGGUCGCCGUUCGCCAGGGCUAGUGUGAAGAGCGGCAAGAACGAGAGCUCGUCUUACUUCAGGAGAAAAGAAAAGAGGAUCCGCUUCACCAUCCGCCGUCUCGUCAAGGCCCAGAGCUUCUACUGGACAGUGUUGUGUCUAGUAGGCCUCAACACUCUGUGUGUCGCCAUCGUGCACUACGACCAGCCUGAGUGGCUCACCUAUGCACUCUACCUGGCUGAGUUUGUAUUCCUUGGCUUGUUUCUAACCGAGAUGUCUAUGAAAAUGUAUGGCCUUGGACCUAGGAGCUACUUCCACUCCUCAUUCAACUGUUUUGACUUUGGGGUGAUUAUCGGCAGUAUUUUUGAGGUUAUCUGGGCUGCCAUCAAACCCGGUGCCUCAUUUGGGAUUAGUGUCCUGAGGGCUCUGCGACUGCUCAGGAUAUUCAAAGUCACCAAGUACUGGAAUUCCUUGAGGAAUCUGGUGGUGUCCCUUCUGAACUCCAUGAAGUCCAUCAUCAGCCUGCUCUUCCUCCUCUUUCUCUUCAUUGUGGUCUUUGCUCUGUUGGGCAUGCAGCUCUUUGGUGGGCAGUUUAAUUUUGAAGAUGAGACGCCAACGACAAACUUUGACACAUUUCCAGCAGCUAUCCUUACUGUUUUCCAGAUUCUGACAGGGGAGGACUGGAAUGCAGUUAUGUACCACGGGAUCGAAUCACAGGGAGGCGUUCACGGUGGAAUGUUCUCCUCUAUUUACUUCAUCAUUCUCACGCUUUUUGGAAACUACACACUCCUCAACGUCUUCUUGGCCAUUGCAGUUGAUAACCUUGCUAAUGCUCAAGAGCUCACUAAGGAUGAAGAGGAGCAAGAGGAGGCCAUCAAUAAGAAGCUUGCCCUGCAAAAAGCCAAGGAGGUGAAGGAGGUCAGCCCCAUGUCUGCCGCUAACAUUUCCAUCACAGCGAGUUAUGUCUGCACCCCAGUCCAUCACUACCUGAGUAAGGAGCAGCAGAGGUCGUUGAAGAUGAUGUCAGUGUGGGAGCAGAGGGCCAAUCAGCUAAGAAGGCACAACAGAGCCAGCUGUGAGGCUCUGUACAGCGAGCUGGAGCCUGAGGAGCGCCUCCGCCUCUCAUGUGCCCUAAACAUCAGGCCCGACAUGAAGACCCAUCUGGACCGACCGCUGGUCGUGGAGCCUCAAGAUGGGCCAGUGCCAGGGGGGAGUCACCACCACCACCACCACCAUAAGCCCUGCUUGCCCGAGGAGGUUGAGAACUCCGCAGACCCGCUGGCACCUCAGCAGAACCGCCGGCAUCACCGCCACAGAGACAAAGACAUGGAGGAAACAAAUGAUAACGGGGAUCUGGGCAAGGAUGGGAGGCCCCAUGUCCACCACAGCAGAUCCAAAGACCACAACGGCGGCCGAGGCAAAGAGGGGAAGAGCGAGAGGUCCCGCGGCCGAGAGGGGAGCAAGAAGCAACACCAUCAGAGCUCGGCCGAUGAAGGGGGAGGAGGAGGAGUGGUGGGUGAAAGAGAGCACCGCCACCACCACUCACACAGACAGUCUUCAUGGGAGGGCAAUGGGACUGUCAACAGUGGGGGGAGAGGAGAACGUAGGGCCCGCCACAAAGACAACCGCUCCUCCAACAGGCAGGGAGAGAGGAAUUGUAGGGGUGAGAGUGGGGCUAAUGGGGAGAGGAGGAGACACAGGACUCAUGGCUCCAGAGGCCAAUCCACAAUGGAGGGUGAAGAGCCCGGUGAAAGAGACAAGAUCCACAGCAACAGGUUUGCCGACUCGGAGGGGGACUCCUUGGCCAUCUCCCCCCAGCAGGGUGGUGGAGUGUCCAGCUGGCCAUGUGACAGGCCUGAAGACUCAGACAACCAGAGAAAUGUUAGAAGAACUGCCCAAACAUCUACACACAUCCCCCCUGUCACCAUCACAUCCCCACCGAGAGAGACCACCCUCAUUCCAAUGAACAGUAUUGACUCUGAGACCAUGCCCAUCAAUGAGAAAACCAUUGACGAUCUGGGCCAGAGUGGACCCAAACCCAUUCUGCCCUACAGCUCUAUGUUUAUCUUUGGACAGACCAAUCCGGUGAGGCAGCUGUGUCACUACAUUGUGACCCUACGCUACUUUGAGAUGUCUAUCCUGGUUGUGAUUGCCAUGAGCAGCAUCGCUUUGGCUGCAGAGGACCCUGUCCAGGCUACUGCCCCUCGCAACAACGUGCUCAAGUAUUUGGACUACGCCUUUACUGGGGUUUUCACUUUUGAAAUGGUAAUCAAGAUGGUGGACCUGGGCCUCCUGUUGCACCCUGGCUCUUACUUCAGAGACCUCUGGAACAUUCUAGACUUCAUUGUGGUCAGUGGGGCAUUGGUGGCCUUCGCAUUUUCGAGCCUCAUGGGAUCGCAACAAGGUGUGACCAGGGGAACCAAAGUCAAAGACAUCAGCACCAUCAAGUCCUUGAGGGUGCUGCGAGUCUUACGACCUCUGAAGACUAUCAAACGUCUGCCAAAACUCAAGGCAGUGUUUGACUGUGUGGUCAACUCUUUGAAGAACGUCCUGAACAUCCUUAUUGUCUACAUCCUCUUCAUGUUCAUCUUUGCCGUAAUUGCGGUGCAGCUCUUCAAGGGCAAAUUCUUUUAUUGCACCGAUGAGUCGAAGGGCCUCGAGAAGGACUGCAGAGGACAGUUCCUGGACUACGACAAAGAUGAGGUGGCGGCCAUGCCCAGGGAAUGGAAGAAAUACGAGUUCCACUAUGACAAUGUGCUCUGGGCCUUCCUCACCCUAUUCACAGUGUCCACGGGGGAAGGCUGGCCAACCGUCUUAAAGCACUCUGUGGACGCCACCUUUGAAGACCAGGGUCCCAGUCCAGGCUACCGGAUAGAGAUCUCUAUCUUCUAUGUGGUCUACUUUGUGGUCUUCCCUUUUUUCUUUGUCAAUAUCUUUGUUGCUCUUAUAAUCAUUACCUUCCAGGAGCAAGGAGACAAGGCCAUGUCUGAGUGCAGCUUGGAGAAGAACGAGAGGGCCUGUAUUGACUUUGCCAUCAACGCCAAGCCUCUCACUCGCUACAUGCCAGUGAACACACAAUCGUUCCAGUACAGGAUGUGGAAGUUUGUGGUGUCGGCCCCGUUUGAGUACUCCAUCAUGAUCAUGAUUGCCAUCAACACAGUGGUGCUGAUGAUGAAGUUCCAUGGAGCUCCUGACUUCUACGAGGCAAUGCUCAAGAACCUUAACAUCGUCUUCACAGCCCUCUUCUCUCUCGAGUGUAUCCUGAAGAUCAUUGCUUUUGGUCCGCUGAACUAUCUGAAGGACGCCUGGAAUGUGUUUGACUUUGUAACAGUAUUGGGGAGCAUCACUGACAUCAUCGUGACUGAAAUCAAGACGACGGACAGGUUGUUGAACCUAAGUUUCCUGAGGCUGUUCAGGGCUGCUCGCCUUAUCAAGCUGCUGAGGCAGGGCUACACCAUCAGGAUCCUGCUGUGGACUUUCGUUCAGUCCUUUAAGGCCCUGCCCUAUGUGUGCCUGCUGAUCGCUAUGCUCUUCUUCAUCUAUGCCAUAAUUGGAAUGCAGGUUUUUGGAAACAUUGAGCUUAAUGAGGACACGGCCAUCAAUCACCACAAUAACUUCCGCACUUUUCUGCAGGCCCUCAUGCUGCUCUUCAGGAGUGCCACGGGUGAAGCAUGGCACGAGAUCAUGCUGUCGUGUUUGAGUCGGCGAGCAUGCGAUGAGAAAUCGGUGAUCCAGGGGAAGGAGUGUGGAAGCGACUUUGCCUACUUCUACUUUGUCUCCUUCAUUUUCCUCUGCUCUUUUCUGAUGCUAAACCUGUUUGUGGCUGUCAUUAUGGAUAACUUUGAGUACCUGACCAGAGACUCCUCCAUACUGGGGCCUCACCACCUGGAUGAGUUUAUCCGUGUAUGGGCUGAGUACGACCCGGCUGCGUGUGGCCGUAUCAAGUACCUCGAUAUGUAUCAGAUGCUGCUCCACAUGUCCCCACCCUUAGGUUUGGGAAAGAAAUGCCCACCAAGAGUCGCCUACAAGCGGCUAGUCAAGAUGAACAUGCCCAUCGCUGAUGACAACACAGUCCACUUCACCUCCACCCUGAUGGCCCUAAUCCGCACCGCCCUGGAGAUAAAACUUGCCUCAGGCAUAGUGGCCCAGCGUCUGUCUGAUGCUGGGUUAAAGAAGGAGCUGUCCACAGUGUGGCCCAGCCUCUCGCAGAAGACUAUGGACCUGCUGGUCACACCACACAAGCCCAAUGAGCUGACAGUAGGGAAGGUUUACGCAGCCCUGAUGAUCUUUGAUUACUACAAGCAGAACCGUGCCAGGAGGCUCCAGAUGCAACAGCAGCCACAGCAGCAGAAUGCAUCAGGGUCUCAGAGCAAGGUCGGGGCUCUGUUUAAGCCAUUGCUGCCUCUGACUCACAUGCAGGAGAAAGACCUGCCCAUGAUGUUGGACAGUGUUGAACCUCCCAGUAUGCUUCAACCCCAGUCAAAGUCCCAAUUCAAAUCCCAGCCCCAGUCCCAGACCAGACCCAGCUCCAGUUCCCUCAACAACGGAGGCACACUGUAACACAACAUCAAGGGUUCAUUUUCGUGGGCGACAGAGAAGACUAAGGAGGCGCCAAAGAUGAAGAGUAAACGCACCCUCUCCAGAGGCCAGUCAGAGGACAUGCCCGAAACCGCUGCUCCCCAGGAGUCUGUGGAGAUGAGGAAGAUGGAGACCAGUGUCAGUAGCACUGUGGCAGUGCCUGGCACAGGCCUUGAGAACCAGGGGAGGGCCAUGUCCAUGCCUCGGCUCAACACUGAAGUACAGCGGAGCCACUUGCGUCACUCUCCAGGCACCCAGCUGGCUCCGGCCCCUGAAGCCAGUCCAAUGAAGCGCUCCGCCUCCACAGUGACUCCACACCGCCCACAGGAGGUCAACUUGAGGGAUUACACCCUGGAGAAACCCAGCCAGGACAGACCCCACCACCAUCACCAUCACCACCGCUGCCACCACCGCAGAGACAGAGAUAGGGACAGGGAAAAGAAGCAGAGGUCUUUGGAUAGAUGCCUGAGUGGACAGCCUGCUACCACUGGGGCCAACCCAGCCUCCUCCAGAGAACGGGCCCAUGAUCGCGGCCGCUCCCACGAGAGAAAGCACCACCACUCCUCUGCAGACAAGCAGCGCUACUACUCGUGCGACCGCUACUGCAGCCGGGAACACUGCCACACCAAAUCUGCCACCGCCAGCUGCGCCACCUCGCCCAGCGAAGUGCAGGAUACCAGCUUCAACAAGCAGGGCAGUGGUUGGGUUAAAGGCAGCCCGGUGAUGUUGAGCUCCAGCUCUAGCAUGCCUAGCCGCGGACGCCGGCAGCUGCCCCAGACCCCCCUCACCCCUCGGCCCGCAGUGGCCUUCAAGACUGCCAACUCCUCCCCUGUGCACUUUGUAUCCGGCCAGCCUUCUCUCUGUAUCGGCCGGCUGAUCCGAGGACUGUCGGAGCACAACGCCCUGCGGCACAGCAGUUCCCGCCACUUCCCCUGCCCCGUCACUCGCAUCAGCUCCGAGCCCUUUCUGGGCCACAGCUACGGCGAGCCCCGCAUGGGCAGCCCCCACGGCAGCCUCCGGGACCAGCUGGAUGUCUUCCAGGAUGCGGCCUCGCCCUCGCCCAGCCCCCGUGCUGGACGCUCCCUUAGGACUGCGCUGUCUUAUGUUGGGGCACUGCCCCACUCUCCGCAGCAGAACCUGGUGGUGCCCAACGGGUACCACUUCAGUUUCGGGGGCAGCGCUGGCCCAGGCUCCGCUGUCAGGGCACCCAGGUGUUAUCAGGAGGCGGAGGAGGAUGAAUGGUGCUAG